GCUUGAGAGGAAUCACGUCGAGAAAAACUUUGUUUUUUUCCAUGACAUGAAUAACAGUUGUGUGUACGUACGCGACAUUAGACCUUCAUUCCUUACAGUGUGUUAUGGAAUAAACUGCCUGCGGAUGUAACUUCUUUAUGUCUUAUCGUUUCCUUCUGUACUCGUAUUGGCUGCAUUACACAGGACAUUUCCAUGACACUGCAGGGUGAGCCAGAAAUUCAAACUACCAGCAGAACAGGUUAGAGCUCCGUGAUUAUAACUCAGGAGAAACGAAACUAACAGUACAAUAGCCGUCUCCGCUUUUAGAGGAAGAGUUCAGCGCCUCCCAUCUUAAAUAUGGACAAGCAAGAAAUAAUUGCAAAGCAUCUUAAAAGGCUUACAGAGUCGGGAUGGAGAGAUUUUAAGAUGGCUCUUUGCAAAAAAAAGCCUUCAGGUGGAGUUGAAGGCCCUAAGAUGAGAAAUCUUAAUAAUAAAACUGUGGAGGACAUUGUUGAGUCAAUCUUCCGGUGGUACACUGAAAGACUUGGGCCAGGAACCAUCAUGGGGAUCCUUAAAGCACUAAAAGAAAAUGAGAUAAGGACAUCGAUCCAGAGAGAACUUAAGAAAGCUUCUGAAGCCAGGAAAGGUAUGCAGGCGCCGCGCGCGGUUUCCAAAGGUGUUACACCGAAUGAUAAUUCUGUAUCAAGCUCUGGAAUCCCAGUGAAGAAAUUUAUAAGACGAGAUGGAGAUGUUCCAACACAGUCACAUAACACUGGACAAAAUGUGAAUACAAAGAGAGGACCCAGACCAAUCCAGACACAAAGAAGUCAAGGAGUUUCGCCUAGAAUUCAGCAAAGUGUGAAUAGAAAGGAAGGACCCAGACCAGCCCAAAAACAACAAAAUCCAGCAAUGGCAGAUUUUACAAAACAUCUGGAUCUUAAAGUGUUCAUCUCUGAGGUACGUGCCUUGCCAUGCUUAUAUGACGUGAAACAUCCAUGCUCUAAUGAUAUGGUGAAGAAGACUUUAUGGAAAGAUAUAGCAAGUAAAGCAAUCAAGAACUGGGAACAACUGGAUUCCAAAGAAAAAGAGGAAAGAAUUAAUUUUAUGCCCCAAAAAUGGGAACGUUUUGUGAAUUCUUUCCAUAACGAAAAUAAACAACAAGUCAGCGAAAACGGGAGUGGUUCAACGUCAUCCACAAGGCAAAAGUACCAUCACUAUGAACAGCUUAAGUUUUUGUUACCAACAAUAGAUCAAAGGCAAACAUCUUCCAGUUUUGCCAUUAACGGUGAGCAGAAUGAUGUGCAACAGGAUCAUGAAAAUGUUAAAGAACAAAGAAUUGCAGCAAACAAGAUCAAUUUACAUAAACAAGCUUCUAAAAGAGUGAGAUAUAUGCAAGUGCCUAGCAUGGGUUCUAAAGAUGCAACACCAAAUGAUGAUACUGUAUCAAGCUCGGAACCCCCAGCAAAGAAAAUAAGACAAGAAGACAGAGUUGUUGCAGGACCGUCACAUAAAACUAAACAGAAUGUGCAUAAAAUGGGAAGACCAAGUCCAGCCCAAGAAGAACCAAAACAAGGAAUUGCAAAUAAAAUUCAACAAAAUGUGGAAAAAAAGGGAGAACCCAAACCCGCCCAGAUAAAAGCAAAACAAGAAAUUGCAGAUUUGUCAGAACUUUCUCAGAAUCCUGUCAAGUUCUUCAGGGAGGUUCAGGCCCGGUCUGCAAUAUAUGACCGCAAGCAUCCACAUCACCGUAACAAGCAAGUGAAGAAGAAAUUAUGGGAAGAAGUAGCAAGUAAGGUGAUCAAGGACUGGGAACAACUGGAUCCCAAAGACAAAGAGGUGACAGUAAGUCUCGUGUGUAAAAAAUGGAGAAAUUUUGCAGAUUCUUUCCGCAGAGAAUAUAAUAAACAAACCAGUAAAAGCACAAGAGAUUCACUGCCAUCUAAAAAUACCAAGUAUCGUUACUAUGAACAGCUUAAGUUUUUGCAAUGUACACUGGAUCAAAGGCAAACAUCUUCCAAUCUGGAUGGUGAGCAGGAUGAUAUGCAACAGGUUUAUGAAAAUGAUGAUUGCAGAGAGAAAAAAAAUCAAGCUGCAGCAAACAAGACUAAGAAAUCUGAGCAAGUCCUUCAAACUGUUACUGAAGGAUAUUCACAGGGACCUUCACAGUCAGAACAAUCUCUGCCCAACAUCCGCAUGGAAAAGGAAAUAAACAACAUCGUGACAAGACAUCUGAAAACACUGAGAGGGGACGACAUAGCAAGCUUUAAACACAUUCUUUGUGCCAUAGACCCACCUUUAAAAGAAGGCCGAAUUGUGACAAGUGAGGUUAAAGAUAAAUCUGUGGAGGAUAUGGUUGACCUCAUCAUUCACCACCAUACUGCGAAACAUGUGGAAGAAACACUAACAAAAAUUCUUGCACUUAUGAAAAAACACAAUAUGAAAAUGUUGAUUGAGAGAGAUUUCACACAGCUAAAUCAACAACGAAAUGAAAAGAGGAAAGUCGGUGUGUUUUGAAAAAUCUGAGAUGAG